UUGGAAGGUGAAGACCGCGCUGGGAGGAAGAUGUCCGGCCGGGGGAAGAGUAGCAGCGGCGGCAAAGCCCGAGCUAAGGCCAAGACGCGGUCGUCGCGGGCCGGCCUGCAGUUCCCGGUCGGCCGGGUGCACCGGCUGCUGCGCAAGGGCAACUACGCGGACCGUGUGGGGGCGGGCGCCCCGGUGUACCUGGCGGCCGUGCUCGAGUACCUGACCGCCGAGAUCCUCGAGCUGGCGGGAAACGCGGCCCGGGACAACAAGAAGUCCCGCAUCAUCCCCCGGCACCUGCAGCUCGCCAUCCGCAACGACGAGGAGCUCAACAAGCUGCUGGGGGGAGUCACCAUCGCCCAAGGAGGCGUCCUGCCCAACAUCCAGGCCGUGCUGCUGCCCAAGAAAUCCGGCUCGGGCCCGGUCACCGGCGGCGGCGGAGGAGGUGGAGGCAAGAGCGGGGGCAAGAAGAGCUCUCAGCAGUCACAGGAGUUCUAGAUCCUUCUCCCUUUCUAUGCCUGCCCGUCCUUCGUACCCACACCUGCUCCCCCCCCAAAAAACCCCUCUCCCUCCCCGCAUUCUCCCUUUUCAAUUCCCCCCCAAUUUAUUUUCUCUUCACCUUCUUCCCCCCCCCCUCAAAUUACCCAAUUGCCUGCCAGUCCUGUUUGUUGUCCCCACGUAAUUCCCCAAAACUCUGCCUUUCAUUUUCCCUGACUCCCCUUUCCCUUAUCCCACCAAUUUUCUCCCCCAAUUCUGCCUUCCUCUUUCCCUGACUCCCCUUUCCCUUAUCCCACCAAUCUUCUCUUCUCUUCCCCCCCCACUCUGCUUUUCAUUUUCCUUGACUCCUCUUUUUCCAUUAUCCCACCAAUCUUCCCCCGCCUCCCAACUGCCUAUCAUUUUCCUUGACUCCCUUUUUCCCCCCCCAUCAUCCCACCAACUCUACUCCCCCUCUUCCAAGCUUUUAAUUUUCUCAGAUUUCUCCCUUGUAUGCUUCCCUGAUCCCUUUCCCUCUCUCUUGCCCUGCAAGUUCUCGUGUUGUCUCGUGUACUUUUUUUUUCUCCUUGUUACUGCAAGAGAAUCACAAGGUGGACAUUGUGACAGACUUUAAACCCUUCCCCCAUCAAUGGCCCUUCUCAGGGCCACCCACAUGGACAUGAGGGGUUCCUGGCAUUCAUAUGUUUUCUGUUUUAUUUUUGUGGCCGAUAUUGUGUAUUUUUUUUAUUUGAAAGAAAUUCCAAUCAAUUUCUUGUUUCAUUCAAGUCUUUGUUUUGGGGGUUGGUGGAGCUGGGUUGGAUUUAUUAUGGGAUUUAGUCAGUUUUCUUUUCUCUAAGUUUGCCUUAAACUUUUUGCAAUGGGAGGGUGACAUUCUUGUUUUUUAAUGCUUCACUGAAGACUUCAGUAUUCACUUGGGGUGGAGAUGCUUUCUUAAUCAAGUCUCACAAGAUAGCUGUGUUGAGCUGCAGGCUGUUGCCAACUUUUGUCCUGUUGCAGCAAGGCAGUUCAUUUAGAUUCUUUUUGAGAUUUGUUUCAAGACUUGUAAUUGAAAUGUGUUUGUCCCAAUAUAAUUGUAGCCUUUGCAGUUCAGUAGUAAAUGAGUUGUGUGUAACCUCAACUGUAAGUGUUCUUUAAAUCAACCUUUUUUUCUCUCUGACAAAUGUGGUGCUACCUCAAGUAUCCAACUGCAUUUACAUUUGAGGUUUCCUGUAUAAUGUCAAGAUUACUGUGUUCUGGCAUUGUCCUUAAUGCAAGUAAUUUGAUUUCAAACUGCAUAUUAAGUUUAGUCAAGAUUAGAGAUGAGAUUAAUUUUUGAAAACUGAGUAAAGCUGCCUUUUUAGUAGGUGAGUGCAGCUGGCAUUUUGUAGACUUUGUUUGGCAUGUGUAUAACUGACUUUACACUGAUUUUGGAAACAUGUUUGAACUGUCUUUAGAUACAACAGUGGCAUUCCAUGUAUAUAAAAGUGAAACAAUUUGUCUGGUCUGCUCUUUGCCAAGCUACUUGACUUAGGUGGGUGAGAGGAGAUUUUAGUCAGUUCAGAAUAAAGAUUUACCUAUUUACUUUUUGAAA